ACAUAUAUGUGAACAUAUACAAUUAACAGUAUAAUACAUUGAUUUAUAAAUAAGCGUUUAUUUGGUUAAUUCAAUAGCCAUGGCUGAAGUUUCUGAACCACUCACAUUGGCACGCGAUGUGAAAAGAUCAAUAGAACUUCUGGAAAAACUCCAAGCAAGCGGUGAUUUUCCCACAACAAAAUUAGCAGCAUUGCAAAAAGUAUUACAAAGCGAUUUCUUUAAUGCUAUUCGGGACGUAUACGAGCAGUUGGCGAUGACAACAGUUGAUAUAGGCUCCCAUGAUGUUCGAGCUUCUGCAACCGCAAAGGCAACAGUAGCUGCUUUUGCUGCCAGUGAGGGUCAUGCACAUCCACGUGUCGUGGAACUACCGAAGACAGAGGAGGGUUUGGGAUUUAAUGUAAUGGGUGGAAAAGAGCAAAAUUCUCCCAUUUAUAUAUCUCGAAUAAUACCAGGUGGUGUGGCAGAUAGACAUGGUGGACUUAAGAGAGGCGAUCAGUUGCUCUCCGUAAAUGGUGUGUCUGUUGAAGGUGAAAACCAUGAAAAAGCUGUCGAACUAUUAAAACAGGCGGUUGGGUCUGUAAAGCUUGUGGUGCGCUACACUCCAAAGGUGCUUGAGGAAAUGGAAAUGCGGUUCGAUAAGCAGCGCAACACUCGUCGCCGUCAAUAAAACCAGAAUGAUUCAAACAAUGAACUACCUUUAAUUCUACCCAAGCUUU